GGAACACCUUGAACAGUUAGGUGAAGUGAUGGUAUUAAGCUUAUAAGUGAGUACUUUCAACGAGUACCUAGAUUUUCACAGAACUAAUUACAUUAUGAACUAACAUGGACCACCUGAUUUAUUCCACUAACGCCUAAAAUCAUAAGCUGGUAAUUUUAAGAGGUUAUUAUAAAUUGUAACGUUACUGUUGGGGCUACUUCCGUGAAGUCAUUCGAUGAGUUUUCUUUUUGGAACCAGAAAAACACCUGAAGAGCAGCUAAGAGAUAGCAAACGAACUAUUGCAAGAACACUUAGAGAGAUAGAUAGGGAAAAAACUCAGUUGGAGAGGGAACGCGUUCGAAUAACAAAUGAAAUUCGUGCGUUGGCAAAGCGUGGUCAGAUUGAUGCCGUCAAGGUAAUGGCGAAGCAGUUAGUUCGAACAGAGAGUUACAUCAAAAAGUUUUCCUUGAUGCACUCAAAUAUUACAGCGUUAUCAAUGAAAAUUCAGACUUUAAAAUCAACCGCCACGAUGGCUUCAGCUAUGAAACAGGUUGCGCUAACGAUGAGAAAAAUGAAUUCAACUAUGCAAUUACCUCAAUUCCAAAAGAUUAUGAUGGAGUUCGAAAAACAAACCGAAACGAUGGAAAUGAAACAAGAUAUGAUGUCAGAUGUAAUAGAUGAUGCUAUUGGAGAUCAGGAUGACAUUGAAGACUCCGAAACUGUUGUGAAUAAGGUUAGUGUCGGUUUUUAUUCGUAGACUAUUCACACACCUCGAUUCGAGUCGACAUUUCUGAAAGGUCGAGUUCCAGCAAGUGCUAAACAGUUCGUAAAUAAUUUUACCAAGAUAACAAAAUAUGAUACUGUGCAGCAUCUGACCUCAGGUAUUGCUCGUUUGAUAAAACCCUAUAAUUUCCCAAUUUUCGUGAGGUGUGUAGAAGAAAACUUGAAAAUCAACUAACUCUAAUCUCGCCAGUAAUGAUGAGUGAUCAAUAUAUGUACAUCAAGAUUAUUAUUAUGAUAAAAGAUGAGCUUUAUUCCUAAGUAUAGCCGAAACUCGAGAUCAUGGUGGUGACUUCCACCGGUUAUGUGUUCCGUUAUUUUCUCGAUUAUAUAUGAUUUGUUACGAAAGUAUUCAUAUAGUUCGAAGUACUGUCAACAUUUAGCACUCUGAAAUGUAAAAUCAGCUGCUAACAUCUCAGUUUAUGUAGUUCGAUAAAUAAGUUCUUUUAAGUUUCAAGAGUACUUGUUCCAACCUAGUUUAGGAUUUAUAUUUCACAAUAUCUUGAAUUUUGACACAUUAAAAGGUCUCCUAUUUCUCUUAGACUAUAAAUUUGUCACAAGCAUUUUCAUCAUGUUCCCUGGACUUCAUAUAAGAAGACCAUUAGGGUCUAGUUCGCAAUAUUAUUCUUCUAGUUUUUGAAUAAACUUAUGUUUGAAAACCCUAGGUUUUAGAAGAACUUGGCAUCGAUCUUAAUGCACAAUUGAGUAAUCUCCCAACAGCUAAGGAUACUAUUGGAAGUACAGUUUCCAGUGCAGUCCGACCUCAUGCAGUCGCUACUGAUCCUACUCCAGUAGCGGGACCUGGGCCUAAUUCCGAUUCGGUUGAUCCUAUUGAUGAAAAUAAUUUGGAAGCUCGUUUAGAACGUCUCAAAAGAAAGUAAAACCUUAAUUCACUUGUGCGUGCACGUCGAUUUUCAGUUCUAACAUCUAUACCACCCCAUGUUUAUAUAAACAUAUAUCACAAUCCAGCAUAAUAAUGCUUUAAACUUAACUAUCAUAUGGAUAAUAUUUUUGGAUUUUUUGCUUCCUUAUGCUACCAAACUAUUGAGAAUAAUUUUUUAUAAAGAAACUGUUUGAUGUUCUAUAAUGCAAAUCUCUACAGUUUACAAUCUAAAAGUAUUCUUGAUAAAAGAUUUUUGUUACUAAAUAAGGCUUUUUACCUCAACACUUUAAUAGGCUACACUAAUGAAGGUUAUCUCUGGUAGCUCUAUUGAUUUCUGGGUGUUUAUCUGUUUAUGAUGCGCUCUUAAGAUUGAAUUGUUCCACUAAUUCGAUGCAUUACAUUUCACGUAUACAAAUAAACUUUUACUGUCUUCAUAUAACAACCCGAUCGUAGCUGCUACUCUGACGUAGUGAUCGGGCUUGCCUAUCAUCAUGAAUCAACUGAACUAUAUUGGCUGGGACACAUGUUCCUUUAGGUUCCACCGUCCUAAGCAAAUAGAUUGUGAAAUGAUAAGACUAAAAACAGCAACUUAAGGUCCAACGGCGAAGUCGUGCCGCUGGCUGUAGAGGGGAGUGGCAGUAGUAGGGUGUUUGCCUCGGGCGACCAACGUCUACGGCGAUGUUGCCUUCUCAGAACGGAAGGGGUUAGGUAAGGUUGAUCCCAAUAAUGUCACACCUCAGCAUAUCUCACCGGCGGGAAGGCUUUGAGUUGCGGAGCCAACUCAUCAAAAACUCCCCAGUAAGUGGUCUUGCGCGACCGGCCUCAAGCAGUUGUUCCUUAGGCUCUGGGGUCACGCUCCUGGAUUCCUGGUGCUAUUACCAAUUUAGUUUCUUUUUCAGGUCCCCCAAGGAGGAAUAUCCAUCCAUGAUGGGUAGCAGUUGGGAAGUGACAACCACCUUCAUACUUUUAACAGAACACGAGAACAUUUUGUUCACAAUCAAAUCCCUCACCUCUUAAUUAUUCUUUCAUCCCUACAACUAACCCUUCUCAUUUAUCUUUAUCUUCACACGCCACCAAUGCUAAUGUUUUGAGUUCACAAAAUGUUAUUUCUGAUCUCAUGAAACCGCUCUCUAAACUACAUGUUGAAACUCCCAUUGUUGAAACCUCGUGUCAGGCUUCUUCAGCUAGGACUCUAGAAUUCCGCGCCAUCGAUGUAUGCUGCAUCUUCGAAAUGCACAUACAGGAUCCAGGUACAAUCAUUCAUUUGACUUGACCUUGUCACUAUGAUGAACUGGCACAAUUUACCUUUCGAGUAUCUGGAGACCUCACUUCUACCUCCCGUGGCCUCAUUUGUGUAAGUGUAGCAUCAAGUAUAAAAGCAGAACAGGCUUUGUUCAACUGUUUAAUUAGACAGUUGCUUGUGAACUGUCCGGAUAAAAUAUACAUAUAAUAACUCGCUGGGAUCAAGACAUACGUCGUCGCCUCUACAUACGCUUCCACUGAUUGCAGCUUAGAUGAAGUCAAAGAUAGAUUUUAUAGGAAGCUAUCCAACCUCCCAAAAGCUAAACGCUCUGAUUUAAUAAUAGUGGCGGGUGAUUUUGGUGCUCAUGUAGGUAGACUAAAUCAAACCGGAAGGCUCUUAGGCGAAUCUUACGGUGUUAAGGUUCGACAAACGGCAACCAUCUGCUUCAGCUAUGUUCUAAUGACCAUCUAUUUCUAGUAAACACUAACUUUAAAUAUAAGAAAGGACAUCUUCUCAUGUGGUGACCCCACAACCGACUCAACUUGAUCACAUUGCCAUCAGCCAUCGUCAGGGUGGCUCGAUAGAAGACUGUCGCUCAUUCCAGAGGACAUGUUUAAACUCAUACCAUGCUAUGGUUCGAGAACGUCUUUGUAUCUUACUGGAUGUAGAAAUGCCACAGCAAGAGAAGCCCUUAGAGUUCAGCCUAAUGAUGAAAAAGUUGAGAAUAUAUUUCACAACCAACUAGAGAAAGCUAAUCAACUGUGAAAACGAUAUCCACCUCGAGAUAGCUUGGUAUGAUAUCUAAAAACCUGUGGAAACAGCAGUGAUGUGCACUAGUAACAAACCAAAAGGUUAGGAAUUUCAGUGGCAUCUGCAGAACUGAUAGAUGCUCAGAAACUCAUCCCGUCUGGUUCCGAACACGGUGAGGAGCGGAGGCAGCUUAAACGUAGGCUGAUAAUAAGCCUACGUGAUCGUGAGAAGCAGUGGGUAGGGAAACCAGAAGAGAUGGAAAAGACAACAGCGAUAGGUAAAAAUAGACGACUGUUCGAACUUAUCAGGGAAAUGAAUAUUAAAAAUCCGCUUAUUAGUGAAAGUAUCUAGGAAAAAGACAGGACUAUUGUUCACUCUCAAUUCAGGAGAGUAGACUGAUGUGCAGAACAGUUCAACAGGCCUUCGGCCACUUUAAUUUCCCACCAUCUUCAAGCAGACUGGCGUACGUCCUCCAAUUGUUGGUGAAUUUGAAAAAGUUGCAGGGAAUUUAAAGUGAUGGACAACUGCAGGUCCAGACGGAUUAGUCCCAGAAAUCUUUUAAGAUAUUGGUUCAGCUUUAUCACUUAGAUUGACUGAGAUCUUAAUUACAUCCGUACUUUUUUAUGGGUACAGAAUCUUAAUUCUGCUUCAUUGGAACAAUAAAACGUAGGAAAUUUUUAAAGUAAAUUAAAAAAGUAAGAAGGGAGUAAAUGAUCAAUAUCAAGAUGCGUAGACACAUAUAUCUAACUUAGUAAUCAAUACUCAUUUCAAUAUACUACAACUUAUCAUGGCACGUAAUUAAUGGAUAAUAAGAAUAACAUGACUAAAAUCAUUAAAACUAACAGAAAAUAGUAGGGGGACAAAUCAAAAGUGAAUUGAAAUAGCUGGGAUGUUCAAAACUUAGGUAGAAUUUAUGUAACCGUAUCGUUUGAAAUCUGUGAGACAAGGUGUUCUGGUAUUCAUUUUAAACUAGUUGCUGUCAACCGCCUAUCACGGACUCCUCCAUGAAGCAACCACUUCGACACAACGCAGCAGGACUGAAGGUCAGUUGAGUUAUUCUUCCCAUCUAUCUAAUAUAUAGAAAUGAAACUUGUUCAUAUCCAGGUAUACUAAGAGAGUAAAACAGUCAGUGCAAAAAUGUGAACAGAAUCGAUAAUUUUAGAUCCUUUGACGUCGUGAGAUUUUGCCUUCAAAUAAAACAUUAAGUGGUGAGAUUGAUCCGCUGUAUCGUAUCCUUACAUGCAAUGUCUAUAUAUAUUACUACCAUUGAAUUAAUUGCUCCUAUGAACUUGGUGUUCAUCUUGUUAUGUCAAUGGGAUGUGGUAACUCGGACAUAUGCAUGUGCGCCUGGUCAUGCGUUGAUGACUAACUGAUACUAUAAAAUUUCUUAGGAAGUUGAGCUACAGCUUGGUCCACAUCAUAAUUGACUAAAAUCAUAGUGUUAUUUAUGUAUACUCAACACACCUCUUAGUAACUUACUUUUUUUGAAAUACUGAAUCUAAUUAUAUCUUGUUUCGACUAAAAUAAAAUCACUGGUGAAUUAGUGAUGAAAAUACUAACUUAAUGAAUAGGCAUCCUAUUACAUUAACUAAGCUAAACCAAGUAGCGUAUGUAAUCAAGAAAUGACCUGGUACGGCAGACAGUGGGGAGAGUCCGCUCUCCCUCUCAAAAUGCUCUCACAUGACCACGCGUAUAUAGCCUCCCCCAGGGAAGUCCUACUCACUGCCUUCUCGUAACGGGCGUGUUGUUCACGAAAAGCGAAGGUCCGGCGCUUUAACCGGGUUGGUGGACACGGAGAGUCCACCUAGGGGAGUUGAAAAACUCUGAUUCCAAACCAAUGGUGCACAUGGGAUCCAGCAUCCUGAAUGAACAAAUGGCGUAUGAACCAAUCGUUGGCCACCGGCUUCCAUGGAACUGCAUCUCUUGACGUUGCUCCACUAUCUUGUGGAUCAGACCUUCAGGUCGAAGGCUCCGUGUGUAACCCUCUAAGAAAACCACCUGCUUCGGUUUGGGCACCCGGGCAGUAUCACAGCCCCCACACAUUCAAAUCCUUCCUUCACCUCCUAAUACCUCUCUUAUCUCCCUGACUAACCCUCCUCACGUCUCUUUAUCACCUCGCACCGCUAGGGCAGACGAUUUGAGUACGUGGAACGCCAUUCCUGGUCUCCUGAAACCACGCUCUAAACUAUACGUAGGAGCUUUUAACGUACGAACACUUUGUCAAAUAGGACAGCAGGCUUCCUUAGCAAAAACUUUAGAAUCUCGCGCCAUCGAUGUGUGCUGCGUCUCCGAAACGCGCAUACAGGAUCCAAGUAGCGUCAUUCAUUUGACCUCACCAUGCCAAAAUAAAGAACCGACUCGAUUUACGCUUCGUGUAUAUGGAAGCCCUGAUUCUGCUUCCCGUGGCCUCGCCGGCGUAUGUAUAGC